AUGGGUAAGGAGAAGCAACACGUUAACGUCGUCGUUAUUGGUCACGUCGAUUCUGGUAAGUCCACUACUACCGGUCACUUGAUUUACAAGUGUGGUGGUAUUGACAAGAGAACCAUUGAAAAGUUUGAAAAGGAAGCAGCAGAAUUAGGUAAGGGUUCCUUCAAGUACGCUUGGGUCUUGGAUAAGUUAAAGGCAGAAAGAGAAAGAGGUAUCACUAUUGAUAUUGCUUUAUGGAAGUUUGAAACUCCAAAAUACCACGUUACCGUUAUUGAUGCUCCAGGUCACAGAGAUUUCAUCAAGAACAUGAUUACUGGUACCUCUCAAGCUGAUUGUGCUAUUUUGAUUAUUGCUGGUGGUGUCGGUGAAUUCGAAGCUGGUAUCUCCAAGGAUGGUCAAACUAGAGAACACGCUCUAUUGGCUUUCACCUUAGGUGUUAGACAAUUGAUUGUUGCUAUUAACAAGAUGGAUUCCGUUAAAUGGGAUGAAAACAGAUUUGAAGAAAUUGUCAAGGAAACCCAAAACUUCAUCAAGAAGGUUGGUUACAACCCAAAGACUGUUCCAUUCGUUCCAAUCUCUGGUUGGAAUGGUGACAACAUGAUUGAAGCAUCCACCAACUGUCCAUGGUACAAGGGUUGGACUAAGGAAACCAAGGCAGGUGUUGUUAAGGGUAAGACCUUAUUAGAAGCAAUCGAUGCUAUUGAGCCACCUGUCAGACCAACCGAAAAGCCAUUAAGAUUACCAUUACAAGAUGUUUACAAGAUUGGUGGUAUUGGUACUGUGCCAGUCGGUAGAGUCGAAACCGGUGUCAUUAAGCCAGGUAUGGUUGUCACUUUUGCUCCAGCAGGUGUCACCACCGAAGUCAAAUCCGUUGAAAUGCACCAUGAACAAUUAGAACAAGGUGUUCCAGGUGAUAACGUUGGUUUCAACGUUAAGAACGUCUCUGUCAAGGAUAUCAAGAGAGGUAACGUUUGUGGUGACUCCAAGAACGACCCACCAAUGGGUGCAGCUUCCUUCAAUGCUCAAGUCAUUGUCUUGAACCACCCUGGUCAAAUUUCCGCUGGUUACUCUCCAGUCUUGGAUUGUCACACUGCCCACAUUGCAUGUAAGUUCGACGAAUUAAUCGAAAAGAUUGACAGAAGAACUGGUAAGUCUGUUGAAGACCAUCCAAAGUCCGUCAAGUCUGGUGAUGCAGCUAUCGUCAAGAUGGUCCCAACCAAGCCAAUGUGUGUUGAAGCUUUUACUGAAUACCCACCAUUAGGUAGAUUCGCAGUCAGAGAUAUGAGACAAACCGUUGCUGUCGGUGUUAUCAAGUCCGUUGAAAAGGUCGACAAGGCAGGUAAGGUCACCAAGUCCGCUGCUAAGGCUGCAAAGAAAUAA